AUGCUAUCAAUUGAAUGUUCGAAUUUGAACUGGGAUCAAUGCGUGGAAAUCUGCACUGAUGGAGCUCCAUCAAUGACAGAAUCAGUCAAGGGAUUUGUGACAUUUGCAAAGCAACGAAACAGUGAGAUUUAUAUAAAUCACUGCUUCUUACUUAGAAAAUUGCUUAUUGCAAAAAGAUUACCUGCAGAAUUAAAAGAUGUUCUUACUAGCGUUGUUAAUAUGGCAAAUUACAUAAAGGAGAAACUACUUAAAGACAGUGAUGAUGAUGAUGACUUUUAUCUGAGAGGACCAUCUACAAGUGCGAAAUCUUUAAAAGUAGCUAAUGAUAAAGAUAUAAGGAGAGUUCAAUUUCAAGUGGAUGAAGUCUCUAAUAUUAUGCAAGAAAAUAUUGGAAAAAUAGUCGAUAGAGGCGAAAAACUAGAAGAUUUGGAAGAUAAAUCGGAUUUAUUAUCAAGUAAUGCAGAUUAUUUUAGAAAUUCAGCAAGACGGAUGCAACGUAAAAUGUGGUGGCAGAACAUGAAAUUAAAAAUAAUAAUUGGUCUGAUCAUUGUUGCAAUAUUGCUCAUCAUCAUAAUUCCGAUCAUCAUAAAAAACCGGUAGAAAGGAUGAAGAAUUCCGACUGUGAAGAUUUGCAAAGGAGAAAGUUCGCUGGAAAAUAUGCAAUUGAAUGCAGAGGAAAAUAUAUCAAAUCAUUCGAAUGUACACACACACAAAAAAAAUAUGGUUUUAUAUUUUAUAACCAUUUUUUAUUCUUAAAACAAAAUCACACUAUCAAUAUUUUUAUUACUUGUAACUUAAAUAAUUCAUUAACGAAGACAAAAUGGGGGAAGAAAUCAAUGAACUUCAGCAGAGGAGAAUGUAAAUUAUUUAAAUAUAUAUAUAUUAUAUAUUAUUUAUUAGCUUAAUUUUCUGCAUAAAAAUAAAAUAAAAAAUGUUAUUUUGUAAUGUUUGCAGAAUAUGUAAUUAA